GGGUCUUUAAAACCCUCGCUUAACUCUCUCUAUGUCUGCCUUUUAGAUUAAUACUUUUGCUGUCGUUUUCAGUUAUGGCAUCGGCUGUUUUGGCUAGUCGGAACGAGCCGUGUUGGGGUGAAAGAAAGGUUUAUAUGAGAAAAUAUCCGAACUCGGUAAACACAACAACCUCUGCAAAGAAUAGAAAUAGUAAUGUCAACGGCAAGUCUCUUUUAACUUCUCAGUCAAACCCUAAUCCGGCUCCGAGUCAUCCUUCCAACAAACAGAUCCCGGCCCAUGAUCCGUCGACUGACAUCCACGUCAAGGAGAUUUCUUCGCUGUCUCCGCCCGGUGGCUUUCCAGCAAAGGAGAUGUCACGUGCAGGUCGUGUGACGUUCAAUCUUGCUGCCUACACGAGGCUAGAGCUAAAGGAGUUGAAGGAGCGCCUGCUCUCGGAACUCGAACAGGUGCGGAUCCUCAUAACCCGGGCCGAGAACCUUAAAUUCCAGUCGGUUCAACCCGUUUUUCUGCCUGACCCGCAAAAGCUGAACCCUAGCCCUAACUGUACGCCUAAGGGACACAAGGAAUGUGCGGGGGCUAAACGGGCCAACCCGUUUAGAAAAUCGGGUCAAAAGCGGAAGCAGAAAAAAAGGCCUACGGCGGUUUCGUUAAUGCGGAGUUGUAGUCAGAUAUUGACGAAGAUGAUGAAGCACAAGCACGGUUGGGUGUUCAACGAGCCAGUCGAUGUCGUUUCAUUAAGUCUCCACGAUUACCACGACAUAAUCAAGAACCCGAUGGAUCUUGGCACCGUUAAGCUUAACCUCGAAAGGAAACUGUACGGCACCGUGUUAGAUUUCGCCGCAGACGUAAGACUGACAUUCAACAAUGCGUUGAAGUACAAUCCCCAAGGCCACGACGUUCAUGUGAUGGCCGAGACUUUGUUGGGGAAAUUCGAGAGAAUGUUCAAGCCGGUGGUGCGAAAAUUCGGAGAAAUACCCGUUACAGUGAAGAAGAAAGAGAUGAGUUUUGAAGAGAAGGCGGUGUUGGGGAAGAGUUUGGAGGAGCUGCCGCCAGAGAAGAUGGGCGAGGUGCUGAGUAUAUUGAAGAAGAGGAAUGGUAAUGGUGACGUGUCUGCAGAAGGGGAUGAAAUCGAGCUCGAUAUUGACGUGAUUGAUAAUGAAACGCUAUGGGAACUUGAUCGGUUUGUAAAACAAGUGGCGGAUUUGAAAAAAUUGAAAAGUGAGGUAGUAGAAGUUAAAGAAGUGCAGAAGGUUGGAGUUGGAGAGGAAGAGGUGGACAUUGGAGAGGAGAUUCAAGUUGGAAACUUUCCAUCUGUGGAGAUUGAGAGAGAUGUUUCUAGUUCAAGCAGCGAGUCGUCUUCCUCCUCCUCUGGCGAAUCCGGGAGUUCCUCUGAUGAUGACGAUGAUGAUGAAGAUGGUGUGAAAUCAGCAGUCUCUGAUGCAAAAGAUGCGGCCAUGGCCAUGGCCAUGGGAGUUGAAACCUGAUGUGGUCAGGUGAAGAUAUGUUUUGGUAGAUCCAUUUUGUAAUAGUUGUAAAAACAGUGAUUGACUGCUAGAAGUAGAAGUAGUAGGUAAAUAGACAGGAGUUGAGAGUAGGAUUUGUUUUGUGUAGUUGAAAUUGACUGAAAAAUUAGAAGGAAAGAAGUAAUUGAUGGAUGGAAUGAAAUGGGUUUGGCAUAGAUUUUUGUACACGGUCACCAGAUGAAUUUCAGUGUAGAAUAAUGGAAUGGAAUCAGAAGAAAGAAAAUUGGAAUUCCCCCAUUUCUGUUGAGAAUGAUUACACAGUAUCUGAUUUAACUCUAGUUCUACCAUUUCUCAUGAGACAGUGCCAGUGGCGACCUGUCAUCUAUUUACCUUUUUCCAUGCUUUAACCGUUCAAAAGCUUUUACUUUU